AUGGGUACCCCAGUUAUGUUCUCUCCAGCAUGCUUGCAACACCCAGAAUUGGCCUUCCUUCGAGAGAGAGAAGAGGGGGAAAUGAUGAUUCAGGAAUCGAUGGACAUGAACAUUAGAUUCGCCGGGAUGAAUAAUAGGGUGUGGCAGGUGGAACAGCAGGGGAAAGAGGAAUCGUCAAGUUCGAGGGAUUCGAUGAGGUUUGUGACAUUGGGAGGAAAGCCAGGGUACCCAGGGGAAUCGACGGUGAGGAACUGGUUCAAGAUUGAGAGCAUGAGCGAGAGUACCCCAAUGUAUAAGAUUGUUUACUGCCCCAAUGUGUGCGAGUCUUGCCAAGUGAUGUGCGGGAAUGUUGGGAUCACCAAGAGGAACGGCAACCGAUGGCUGUCGGUGUCGGAGCACAGUGAGUUCCCCUUCGUCUUCAUCAGAGCCCAGACACAACAGUAG